AUGGCGAGCCAGGCGAAUGGGGAGACCGGGGCGCCGGUCCUGGUCAAGGCGCGGCCCGCGGCCCCGAAGUUCAAGGCGGUGCUGACGCUGGACGGCGGCGGCACGCGCGGCGUGAUAUCGGUGAUGGUGCUGCACAAGCUCGAGGAGCUGAUCAAGGCGAACAUCAGGGAUCGGGGCCUCGCGGAGGGCGACUUCGAGAUCGACCUGGCGGACUACUUCGACAUGGUGGCGGGCACGUCGAUCGGGUCCAUCACCGCGCUCUACCUCGCCAGCAGGGGUGCGGCAUCGGGGGAGGUGCUCAGGAGCCCAGAGUUCCUGGAGGUCACCGGCGGCACCCCGGCGCGGCAGGGCUCCGUGGCAGCUGUGGAAGCCCUGUUCCGGGCCCAGGCCAAGGUGAUCUUCCCCAAGCUCAUGUUCGCCAACAGCCGGCUGGUGGGCCUGGCGAGGGCCAAGGCAGGGCCCCAGUUCGCCAGCGAUGGCCUGGCACAGGUGCUGCAGGGCGCGUUUGGGGACAUGCGGCUGUCGCAGUGCGCCACCGGCGUGGUGGUGCCCACCUUUGAAUUGAACACCAGCCGGCCCGUGGACUUCUGGGUCGUUUGCGAGGGCGGGGAUCCCAGGGAGACCGGGCGCACAGAGGUGAAGACGCGGAGCGUGGUGCCGGAGGGGGAGCAGCUCAUGCCCCAUUCGGACCCGGCGGGCGUCCACUGGGAUCCGGACCGCAGCUAUCUUCCCGGCGACUACAAACUGCGCGAGGUGGCCGCGGCCAGCGCCGCCUUCCCGGGCAUGUUCGCCGCGUCUUCCAUCACCCACCCCGAUGGUUCAUCCAGGAUCUACGCUGACGGCGGCCUGAUAGCCAGCAACCCCACCAUCAGCGCCUUGACAUUCCUGAGGGUCAAGGAGGACGUGCCGUUGGAGGAGACGGCGGUGCUGUCCAUAGGCACCGGCGUCGUGCUGCCGGAUCGGUUGAAGGUGAAGGACUCCGGCAUCUUCGACUGGAUAUUCACGGGUGGCUUGGUGUCCCUCCUCCUGGACCAGAAGUCGGAGUAUGUGCAGUCCGUUGUCGACGGCAUGUUCUACAAGGUCCUCCAUUCAGAAAUCGGCCAGUACACACGAAUUCAAAUAGCGGUGGACCAGGAGAAUGAGUUCGGCAUCGACACAGAGGCGCUUUCCAGCGUCACCAAUCCUGAAAUGCUGGACGAACUCAUGGAAAUUGGAAGGCGCCUUGCCAACAGCUCGGAGAAA